UUUUGAAACUAAUAAAAAAGAAAGAUUUGUGACGUUAAAUUUGAAGAAAUUUCAGACAAAUGAAAGUAACUGUUAAUGAUUUGUGCGAUUAAGGUACGUGCUUGAAUAACAUAUUCCAAGAUCUAGGCACUUAUUGCAAUAAGAGCCCGAAGAGGAAGAGAAAUAAAAGGACGAAAAAUACGUACAGAUAACUGUAUGGAUAAUUGGAUACCCAACACAAAUGCGAAGCCAUUCAUACCAAAACGAUUGAGGAAUUCUGCCAAAUCUUCCAGUUCUGGAAUUACAGAAUUUUCUAAGAGGAAAUGUAUAUCCAAAAUAUUUCAGGGUGGUAUUGUGGUUGUGUUGAUUGUUACCAUAGUAAUCAAUAUAACAUUCAUUUUGGAAACCAGCAGAAAGAUGAACGAUCCUCAGAAAAUGGAUGAAGUGAACAGUGGGUUCAAAAGAAAGGAAGGAAAGGGAAAUGAAGUUGAAAUGACAAAAUCUAAAUUCUUGUCUCUAGAAGUACAGUCCAGUAAAACAUCAGUUGUAGUCAAAGUUGAUGAAACUGUGAUUAUACAAGAUGAAGAAUUUGAGAAAAAUAGAGGCAUCCAUAUUGCUGUGUUGAAUCAGGCAACUGGAAGUGUUAUGUCUAAGAAUAUAUUUGAUACCUAUAGCCAGCAUGAAGAUGAAGCAUUAUUAUCCUAUCUGAAGAAGAUUUCCAAUGGUAGAAUUAUUGUAUUUACUAUAAAGGAUGAAGCUUCAUUUCAUCUGAAGUUAGAAGCCAGACAGUACUUAAAAGAAAUGGGAAGUGAGAAGAUAGAAAACCUGGCAUUCAGGGAUACUUGGGCUUUCAUUGUAAAGAAAGGAGGAAGAAAAAUUGCAGAAACCCAUGGUAAAUCUCCUGCUUUAGAUAGCUGGGGAGAGAAAGUAACAAUCCAAGCAACUAUAGAUCUUGUCAAUAUCAAAGACAGUGAAUGUCACUGGGGAGAGACAAAGAUAAGUCAGAGAAGACAGACAUUCUGUAAUAAAGUAGAGGGUUAUGGUGAUAUAUGUAGCUGUACUAAUCCAGAUCCUGUAGUCUUCCCACAGAAAAAGUUGAUACCUAAUAAUAUAGGUAAAGUACCAAUAGUUAUCAUAGCUAGUGACAGACCACAUUAUUUAUUUAGAAUGUUGAAGAAUUUACUACAGAUACCAGGUGCUGAUCCUAAAAUGAUAACAGUAUUUAUUGAUGGAUAUUUUGAUGAACCUUUACAGGUGACCAAACUGUUUGGUUUACGUGGUAUACAGCAUACACCGUUAGGUGUCAAGAAUGCCAGAGUAUCACAACAUUAUAAAGCUAGUCUGACCGCUACAUUUAAUUUAUAUCCUGAAUCAAAGUAUGCAAUAAUAGUAGAAGAAGAUUUAGAUGUUUCUCCAGAUUUCCUAAAUUAUUUUAGUCAGACGAUUCACCUUUUAGAAGAAGAUGAUACCCUUUACUGCAUAUCUGCUUGGAAUGAUCAGGGUUAUAACCAUUCCUGUAAAGAUGAAACAUUGUUAUACAGAAUAGAAACUAUGCCAGGUUUGGGAUGGCUGUUAAAAAGAAAGUUAUAUAAAAAUGAACUAGAACCACAGUGGCCAACUCCUGAAAAACAAUGGGACUGGGAUAUGUGGAUGAGAACAAAUAUGAUCCGUAAAGACAGAGAGUGUAUUAUACCAGAUAUAUCAAGGACAUAUCAUUUUGGUUCUAAAGGACUCAAUAUGAAUCCAUAUUUCCAAGAAGUCUAUUUCAAAAAACAUUCCUUUCUCACAAAACCUAAUGUUAAAUUGAAAGGAGUGGACAGAAUGAAGAAAGAUGCUUAUGAAGAAUUAAUAGUAGAACUAAUUAAGUCAUCUGUAUUAUUAGAUCAUUCAUUAGAUCCUUGUAAAGAAAACUUUUUACCUCAUAAUCAGGCAAAACCUCAUUUAAUGUAUAUUUCCAUGAAUAUAUCAACAGAUUAUGUUACCUGGAAACAGUUGGCAAAGUGCUAUCAUCUAUGGGACCUAGAUGUCAGAGGUUUUCAUAAGAGUAUGUGGAGGUUAUUCAUUAAUGGUACACCUGUAAUUAUGGUUGGAGUUCCAGCUUCUCCUUAUAGAGUUUAUAAGCCAGAAAAUAUAAAACCAAUAUACAUUCCAGAACCAACAAAGAAGACUUGAUGAAAAAAAUCUGUGAUGCAGUAUUGUUAGGCAACAAGAAAAGACGUUGUGAUAAGAAAUAGUCAGAUCUGAAUUUAUAUUUCUUAUUUACCAGUAUUUCAGGAAUAUAGAACACCGAAGGGAGUUAACUCUUUAAAAAUCGGCUGAAUGUUUUAAACGCAUACUAUUAGGAAAGAGAAAUCAAGCGUCUCAAUGAUCAAAAUAAGUGUUUCAGGUUGCUAUAUAUCCAAUGAAAUUAUUCCUAUAAAUUGCGCAAAUUUUUAUAUUUUGGUCAACAGGUCAAAGUUAAUAUUUUGUCAAAAUUUUAUGAAAAUUAAACGAGCUAAAUCUAUUUUUGUCAAAGUGUUGGGUACCCCCUUAAGGGAUUGUUUUAUAAAUCUUGACAAACAUCUUAUAACUUGUAUGAUUUAUGAUUGCAUGAUACAGUCUUAUCUUUUUAAUGAGUACUUUUAACGAUCACUUUGGGAUUUUAACCUUUUUUCCCUUAAAAAAGUAAUCAUGUUACAAAAUGACAGAAACUUUUCAAAUUGACUUAUUUGUAGGUCUUUCACUGUUUGAAAGAAUUUAAUAGAGUUCAAAUGGUUGAAAAAUCCUUUACUUCGGUUGAAAUUAUCCCUUAACUUAAAAAUACAUAAAAUUAAAUCUAAUUGAAGUUAAUUUACCAUAUAACAUUAAUUAUACAUAACACAAAAGGUUUGGAAUACCUCUAUCAUUAGUUUUUAGUCCCAAUGGUUAAAAUGGUGUAUAAAAGCUAUUGUACAAUGCUUAAACUUUUUAUACCCCGACUCAGAGCUGACAUAUACAAUAUUACCCUUUUCAUUCCUUCAAUUAUUGCAUUUUCUAUAUAUUGUUACAUAAUGAUGAGUUUAAGAUGCACUUUGUCUUUCAUUCUGAUUGAUAUAUUUUAACAGAUUAAUGGUUCAAGAAAAGGUAUCUUGUUCAGACCAUUUUGGUUAUGUUUGUAGAUCUAUACUUUGUUUUGUAGUCUUAUAAUGAUGAGUUACAGAUGAACCUUAAAUUCCAUUUUGUGUUCUUUUUCUAUGUUGAAUUAAGGUGUUUUGACCUUGAAAAAUUCCUGAACAUUAUACUUGAUAGGCUUCUUUUAUUAACAUGUUUUGCCUGUGAAAAAGUUUGUGUUUUCAUCCUGAUUAUUCAUUAUGAUGUAAAUGGUUUUAUUUACCCCUGCUCAAAAUUAGGGGGUAAAUGGUUUUAGAAUACCCCUGCUCCAAAGAAGGGGAUAAAUGUUUUAUUAUAUAAAUGUUUUUUUAUACCCUUGCUCUGAAAUGGUUUACCUCUGUGAGUCCGUUGAACACAUUUUUCUCACAUUUUUCUCAGCAACUACAAUUCAUAGCGUCUUGAUAUAUUGCACCAAGCUUUGCUUGUUUAAAACUCAACAAAAUUGUUUUAAGGAAUAAAUAGUAAGCAAAUGUCCACAUUAACUGUUGUUUUCCUGGAGUUAUUCCCCUUAUAUCUCAUGCUGAUGAUGUGACAUUAGUAUGAUACCAACAUUAAGUUAGUAGUAAUUAACAGAGAUGACAAUAGCAGCACUUACUAUGUAAGAAUAUUCUACACAAGUUUUGACAAAAGUUUUGAGUUUCAUCAUUAAAUAAUUUUGUUUGAACAUUUAUAUAACAGUGGAUGCAUUUUUAAUAGCUACUGUGUCUAUCUUGUUCAUAUUGAACCAAUAUAUGUUUCAUCUAUUGCACUAUCAUGGAAUUUAUUUUAAUAUGUGGCAUUAGAAUUGAGAUAGGUAAACUAAACUGGUGACAGUAAAAUCUACCUUUUACAAAGGCCAAGCUUAAAAUACAAUACAGUUAUCUUCUAAAUCUGUCUUAUAAAAGUAGAAGGUACAAUAAGGCCACUUUUUUGGCCCUUGAAUUAGAAUUUUUAAAAGUGUUAUAAAUCUACAAUAUUAAAUCCUUCAGAUGUUCAUUAUACACUAGUCUGUCAACAUCAGUAUAUUUUUUGAUUUAGUAUUACAUGUUGGCAUUAGGGCUUAAAACUUCUUCCAUUUAUUGCAAAACAGCAAAUACUGCCAAAUAGCCUCAUUUUGAGACAGUUUUAGCCCAAAAGACAUUUUGCUACAAAAUGUUAUCUUUUUUGAGUAAUGCUUUGCUCAUAUUUAUUUUAACCAAAAACUAUGCAUGAAAUUUUUGUCUUUUAUUUGACCAUUUUAGGUCAAAUAUGUAAAUUUCCUCAUUUUAAUGUCUUGACAGUGACAACAGAAGUUAUAUGUUGCCUAAAAUAGCCAUUCGAAUACACAAAGCCUGAAAUGGCCAGUUAAGAGACUCCUUUAAAUAUGUAUAAUCUGAAAUUGUCCUUAAAAAGACAUAUAGCAUAAAAAAGACUUUGAAGUACAUGAAACAGUCUUUCUAGUACAUAAUAGUCUAAAGUAAACCUUCAAAUACGUGUAGUCUGGAAUUGUCCUUCUUAUACAUGUACUUGAAAUUAUAUUACUUAUAUUAAUCCUUUUAAAAGCAUAAUAAAUAAAAUUGUCAAUUCUUGAAUCAGAUAUUUUCAUUGUUGAAGGUGCUGAAAUUGUUAUUAAAUUUUCUUAAAAAUAAUGAUUUGUUGUCUGAUGAAUUUAUAAUACGGGUUGAGCAUACACGUGAAUAUACAUGUUAAGUCUGCCAUUAGAACAGUUCUAUCAUCUAGUCAAAAUUUUCUGAUAUGACAUAUUGCCAUUUUUUAUUAUUGCCUAAUCAUAAGGUGAAAUGGGUUGGCAUUUUCAAUGUGUAAAUUAAAUAUGUGAAAGUUUGAUACUUCCAUUUCUUGUAUGAAAUCACAUUUGAUUAUCAUUAAAACAACUUUUCCUUCUACACCAAUUCUUUCUGCUAUAUACAUUUGUAUGUGUCAUUAUAUUAAUCAAUUAUUAAUGUUAUGUACAAAGUUAUCAACCAAUUGUUUCAUGUCAUUAGAUUAUUUAAGUUAAGUCUGACAUAAUGAGAUGCAUCCUGUUUAAAUGAUAUAUUGCAUUGAUUCCUCUCCAAUAUUUGAUACUUCUAGAUUCUCAGCAGAUCAAGAUUACCAUAUUCUUUCUAUUGCAGACAAAUACUUUUGUUUUAUACUGUUUGUGUAGAAUACAUUUAGAUAUACUAUACAUGCCAAGAAUUGAUAACCAAAAAUAAUCCAUUUUUGUGGUUGUGAUAGUAUUGACAACUUUUACAGAUUUUUAUUUGUUUGUAUUUUAUAGCUAUAUACCAUUAAUUAGUAAUAAUAAAUUUUAUAACAUAGUUUCAAAUUUUUUUAACAAACUUUUAAGAAUAAGUUGUUACUGCUAGGGUAUAUGAAUAUGGAUAUCUUGUUUUACCCUCUCUGCUUUGGUAUUUGCCAAAAUGUAUAUGUCUUUUGUACCAUAAACAGAGAUGUUUGAUUCUCAGUGUGCUUUUCUGCAUCUUGAACUGACAAGCUAAUCUCAUUGUGCCUACUUAUAAAGGCAUCUAUGCCUAAAACCAAAUCCUUUGAUGGAAUCAUAACAAAUAUUUGAAUCAAGUAUAUUGCUUUUGAUAAACAAUAAGUUUGACAUCUUUUUAGACAUCUCCCCAUGACAAUACUUGAAAUCAAGUUAAUUGGAGAUGAAUAAUGAAUAACAUUUUGAUAAUUUAUGCUUAUCGUAAAUAUUUACUUGAAUCAUGUAUUAAAAAAUCAGAGUUAAUUUUUCUUGAAUUUGUACAUUUUUUGUUCAGUUGAAAUAAUUGGAACUAUUUUAUAAAAGUGUUAUUACAAAAAUAUUGAGGAACAUUAUGCAAUUACUUAACACUAUAUAUCAUAGAUAGGUUUUAUUAGUUGUUAAUACUUAUAUAUAUUUAGUUAUUUUCAUCAUGUGUCAUAUUUUGUGGAGAUAUUUUGACAUGUCAUUUUUACAACUGGUUUUGAAAAAUAAUAUAUGGUGAUGUACAGAUUUCUAUGUUGAGCAGAUUUUAUUUUUUAUCAUCAUGGUUAAGGUACAAUUAUCCAAAGUCACAGUAAAGACAUUUGCUUUGGUUUUAAUAUGAUCUUUUUUUUUUUUUGAAAAGUGCAAUAUUUUGAUAAUUUGAAUUCAGAAUUUUCACAGAUACUAAUUAACUUAAAAGCAAAAGCAAAUAUAUGAGUUCAAUUAAGUAGUAUAUAGCUUCCAGAAUUAGGAAGGCAAUGUUUUUUAUUAUUUCUUGCUUCAUAAUGCUGUUUUGAGAUCUUUUUUUGUUAAUUUUUACGUUAGAUUAAAGUGUUUAUAUUCUGAUUAACUUUAGAACAACCAGCUUUAAACCAGAUCUCAGUUUAUGUUUGAUUUUACAUAAUGAGCUUUUCACUUGUAAACUCUCUUUUUUUGAAGGUUUGAAAUCUGUCAGUUUUCACAUUUCUUUUUCAAUUUGUAACUGAAGAGUUAUCUCCCAUGAAGUGAAUAUGUUAACUGAAUAAAAAUUUCAAAGUUU